GCUGCCAGCGCUGCCGGGAGCGGAGCCGUCGGAGCGGAAGCGCCGUCGCCGCCGCUGUCGGGGCGCCCGAGGCGGGAGCCAUGUCGAAGCGGCUGCGGAGCAGCGAGGUGUGCGCCGACUGCAGCGGCCCCGAUCCUUCUUGGGCCUCAGUAAAUAGGGGGAUUUUAAUAUGCGAUGAGUGCUGCAGCGUACAUCGGAGCCUGGGACGUCACAUCUCUCAAGUGAGGCAUCUGAAGCACACGCCAUGGCCACCCACACUGCUUCAGAUGGUUGAAACUCUGUAUAAUAAUGGUGCUAAUUCUAUCUGGGAACAUUCUUUGCUGGACCCUGCUUCCAUUAUGAGUGGGAGGCGUAAAGCUAAUCCACAGGAUAAAGUACAUCCCAAUAAAGCAGAAUUCAUCAGGGCCAAGUACCAGAUGCUAGCUUUUGUUCAUCGCUUGCCUUGCCGUGAUGAUGAUAGUGUUACUGCCAAAGACCUUAGUAAGCAACUCCAUUCGAGUGUGAGGACGGGAAAUCUGGAGACGUGUUUAAGGCUACUGUCUUUAGGAGCUCAAGCCAACUUCUUUCACCCUGAGAAAGGAAACACCCCGCUCCACGUUGCUGCCAAAGCAGGGCAGAUUUUGCAGGCUGAGCUCUUGGCAGUGUAUGGGGCCGAUCCGGGCACACAGGACUCGAGUGGGAAAACCCCCAUUGAUUAUGCAAGACAAGGGGGGCACCGGGAGCUGGCGGAGCGUCUGGUCGAGGUGCAGUACGAGCUCACGGACAGACUCGCCUUCUACCUGUGUGGCAGGAGGCCAGAUCACCAAAAUGGACAGCACUUUAUUAUACCUCAGAUGGCAGACAGCAGCCUGGAUUUGUCUGAAUUAGCCAAAGCUGCUAAGAAGAAACUUCAAUCUCUAAGUAACCACUUGUUUGAAGAACUUGCCAUGGACGUUUAUGACGAAGUUGACAGACGAGAAACUGAUGCAGUGUGGCUCGCAACUCAGAACCAUAGCACUUUGGUCACUGAAACAACAGCUGUCCCCUUCCUUCCAGUGAAUCCGGAAUAUUCCUCGACAAGAAACCAGGGGAGACAGAAGUUAGCCCGGUUUAACGCUCAUGAGUUUGCUACGCUGGUCAUAGACAUUCUGAGCGACGCCAAGAGGAGGCAGCAGGGCAACUCCAGCUCCGGUUCCAAAGAUAAUGUGGAGCUCAUUCUGAAAGCCAUCGGCAGCCAGCCUAGCUUGGAGAGCCAAGAUAACGACCAGCCGGACUACGACAGCGUCGCGUCUGACGAAGAUCCAGACUUGGACACGGUGCCCAGCAAAGCCAGCAGGCAGAAGAGCCUGGAUUCUGACUUGUCAGACGGACCAGUUCCCAUCCAAGAAUUCAUGGACGUCAAAAACGCUCUGGUGGCUUCUGAGGCAAAGAUCCAGCAGCUCAUGAAGGUGAAUAACAGCCUGAGUGACGAGCUGAGGGUGAUGCAGAAAAAGCUUCUGACCCUCCAGAGCGAGAACUCGACCCUCAGGAGGCAGGCCACCACCCACCUCUGUCAAGGGCCGCCUGGCUCUGAGUACCCAGACCCCUCCAGCCCUUCCUCCUUAAAGCGGCGUCCAUCUGCCCGGGGCAGUAGACCCAUGUCCAUGUACGAGACCGGAUCCGGUCAGAAACCCUACCUCCCCCUGGGGGACGUCGCCUACCCAGAAGAGAGCGUGGCCAGACUGCAGCCUUUUCCCCCACACAUCGGGAGGAGUGCGUUUGUGACCUCCUCUUCAUCUCUGCCUUCCUUCCCCUCCACACUUUCCUGGUCAAGGGAUGAAAGCGCCCGAAGGGCUUCCAAGUUAGAGAAGCAGAACAGCGUGCCAGAAAGCGACUAUGACAACACCACGCCAGACUCGGAGCUGGACGACACAGGGUCGAGCAGAAAGGCAAGGCAGCGGAGCGCCAUCUGGCCAGGGGACGGAGCCAUCCCCGAGGUGGGAGACCCCCACGGCGGGUCAAGCCCCACCCUUCCCAGCACCGAAGACGUCAUUCGGAAAACCGAGCAGAUCACCAAGAACAUCCAGGAGCUCCUGCGCGCGGCCCAAGAGAACAAGCACGACAGCUAUAUUCCGUGCUCGGAGAGGAUACAUGUGGCCGUGACUGAGAUGGCAGCCCUCUUCCCCAAAAAACCCAAAUCUGAUAUGGUGAGGACUUCGCUGCGCCUCCUGACAUCCAGUGCCUACCGACUCCAGUCAGAGUGCAAGAAAACGCUGCCGGGGGAGUCCAGUUGUGCCGCAGACAUCCAGCUGGUUACGCAGCAGGUCAUUCAGUGCGCGUACGAUAUCGCCAAGGCCGCUAAGCAGCUGGUGACCAUCACCACCAAAGAGAACAACCACUGAGGCGCCUCUUCUGUUUUCUAGUCUUUGUAAGAUCCGAUUUCACAUUUAGACAUGGAACUUUACAGAUUUUUACAAAAAAAAAAUUUAGUGGCAGAGUAAACUUUUUAAAAUAAAACUCAGUAUUAUUUUUGCAUGUUUUCUAACAAACUUUCCACUAUUAAUUUAACCCACUUGCCUUAUUUUGUGCCUGUUUUGCCAGUUUUGUUACUGAUUCUAGUAUGUCAUAAGCAACUCUUGGGUUGAUUUGUCCAUUACAUGCAAAAAAAAUCUCGACGUUUGUCAUCUCCAGCAACUUCCUGUCGUCUCUGGUUAUGUGAAAAGAGCUUUAGAAAAAAUGUCCUCAAGACAAUUGAAUUCAACCUGUACAGUCUGUCCCAUGUAUAAGCACUGUGCAAUUAGUAAGAGUUUCACCAGGUUCCUGCACUUCCUGGGAAGUAAGAGGAGUAUCAGAGCCCAGGCAGGAAAAGGAUCCGGCCCCUCGCUGGUCACCUGCCUCGGGAGCAAGCAAGGGGUCCAUCGCUCAUCUCCAGGCUGGUCCUUCUCUCCCAGCUCUUCCUGUCACUGACACCUCCUUGCCACAAGGCACCAAGCCCUUUCCCGACAAUUAGGUUCUGUUGGACCAGGAUCUCCGGCCAGAGGGCUGAUGUUCAGUUAAAACCUUUCGCCCUAGGAUUACAGACAAGUUUUUUAUGAGAACUGACUGCAGAGAAGCACAUGGGUUAAGUAAGCCCAGACUGGUUCUACAGAGCCCCUCAGACAUGGCUGCUGUCGCAUGCUGAGGUCAGAAGUCUGGAACAGCCUCUGUCAUCCUUGCUGUAGCGCUCUGUGUUCUCACCCUUCCUGACAAGUAGCCAUCAUUUGUUAAAAUCUCCUCAGCCGAACGUGUUCCUCAACUGCCAAACGUCCCAAAGCUGUGACAUUCUGGGCUAGGAUUCAUUCAGAGAAAGAGGGUUUCUUCACCCAGAUUGUCAAGGUCUGUGUGGGUGUGGGCCAGGUAACGCAGCGCCUUUGGGGUCUGGGUCAUCGAGGGCCCUCCUGCCCCUGGUGGCCGUGGCUGUGGACCCCGGUCCCCUCCCCCCCCAAUAGGCUGUCAUUGCUGUUUGUUAGGAGAGCAUUGGGAUGCUCUCUUUUUAAGAGUGAUGUCUGUGUUGGCCUGCUUGCCAUUUUGCAGAUAGACCCUUUGGAACCAUCAUUGUAACGUGGUCUGCUGCUCCAGAUUUGUCUAAGCUGUCCAUGUGCUAAAUGGGGUUCUCUUUUCACAAAAUGUUUGAUGCAGAAAUGUGUUAGUAGCUUUGGUCGUAACUGUCAUGGGAGCAGCUCUGUGGUAGCAUUUCCAGUGCAUCGCAGGUUGGGUUUCCCCCUAGAUUUGUUCUUAAAGAUAAAGGGUGUGUGUGGGUGGGUGUGUGGGUAUGUCUGCGUCUGUCUCUAUGUGUCUGUGUCUGUGUCUCUGCAUAUGUCUGUGUCUCUGCAUAUGUCUGUGUUCUGUUUGUGUGUGUCUGUCUCUGUGUCUCUAUGUGCAUGUGUGUGUCUGGGUGUGUGUUGGGGGAAGGACUCCCUGCUGGUCACUCUCGUCCCCUUGUUUGCAUUGACACCAAGUGCCAUAACCUUGUCGGAUGCUCACGUGGAGCUUUCCCUGUCCCUGCUUUAGACGGGGGCAACUGGGGGCAGGGGGUCACCCGGUCUUUGUUCCUGCCUGGGACCUCUCUGUGCCCGGCAUCCUCUCACCCUCCUUUGUAAAUAGUGGCUCCUCUGGUCUGGGUCAGCCCCCGCCCUCGCCACGCCAGUCCUACGGAAGCGCAGAUGAUGGUUCUGAAUCGGUGCCAUUGACGAAUCGAUCAGUAGAAGUCAGAGUGUCUCCAGGGCCUGGAAGCUGUUUUCACACCUGAUGAGCGUGUCUCCAGCGACCGCUGCGAGUCAGUAGUGUUAGCCCAAGAUACUGCGAUGCCUUGCGACAACAGAAGAAGCAAAAGCGUAGGGAGGCAGGAUGUGCAGCGGGAGGGCUUUCCCUCUGCCCAGGCAGUGACAAAAGCACAUGGAGAGCUCCGUAACGAGCGCAACUUGGAGGGGCGGGAGUGAUUGCCUGCAGUCCAGUCUCCCACACCCCACUGCAGAGGCCUCCUGACCCAGAGGCCAAGGGCACAUCGUCCAGGUGACCGUUCGGCCCUUUUGCACAUGGGUUAGGGUCUGAGGGCACCGAGGAGCCCUCUUGGUGAUGUCUUCUGAAAGCCUGCACUGCUCCCCUUCUGAGAAGCCGAGCAGACAGAGUGCACUUUAGGAACGGGGGCACUUUAGGAGCAGAUGUCACCGAGGCCUUUUUUCCCCUUGAGGCCCCUCAGCUGAAGAUCCCCUCCUGCCAGUGGAGUGCGAAUCAUUCAUACCUGCCAAAAGGGGGAUGGUGGGGCCCUCAGAGGCCCAGCUCAGGAUCUGGGGUACGAUUGCUGAUGGGACUUCAAUUGCAGGAACUCGGAGGAAACCCUUUAUUCUUUCUGCAGGUGCAUCAGUGAGCUUCCAGCAAGUUCAUCUCAUGUUUCUUUCCUUGUCCUGGGUAAAGUGAAAUCCUUUUCUUUUCAAAAAUGCUGCAUAGGAAAAACAAAAAAUGCCUUUUUUUUCAAAAAAUGUAUUUAUCUGUGUCACUCAUCAUUCUGUACUUAUGAUUUUGCUUUUGUUGUACAUUCUAUUAUUGUAAUUAUUGUACAACCUUUUAAGUGUUGUAAAAUUGUUUUGCGUUAUGUGCCUGCUAGUUAUGCAAUAAACAGGCUUUACAAAUGUC